AUGAAACGUUUGCUGGUUUUUCUUUGCGUCUUCACUGAAACUUUGGUUUUAGCAACUCAAGUAGAAGUUUUCCGUACAAACUUCAGUCAAAACUCACUUUCUGAAGCCUUUGGCAAUGUCCAAGUUAGCUACGGCAAUCAGAACGUUUUCCUUUGGGAAAAUGGAGAAGGAAUUGAUGUAAUUUAUCCAGAGGGCAGUUACACACCAUCGGUGGAGCCAAUUGGUGGGUUUGGUGUUUGGACAAAACAUCAGAUUAAUCACACUGCUAUCUUCAAAUAUGGUGUGUUUUUCCCGGCCGGUUUCGACUUUGUUAAGGGUGGAAAACUUCCUGGCUUGUAUGGUGGCAAGACUAGUUGCACUGGAGGUGAUCCUGCUGUGGACUGUUUCUCUACCAGAUUAAUGUGGCGUGAAGGUGGACAAGGAGAACUGUACUUGUAUGCAAAUCGAGAAGCACAAGAUCCAUCCCUUUGCCAAACUCCUACAAAUAUGUAAUUUUAUCACUUAUGCGCAAAUAGUUGACGACAAGGGAUUGUCGACAAUUGUUCAUUGAAAAAAUGGAGGCUGUGUUAACCGGAACAAACAAGCCAUUCCGUCUGAAGUUAAAUGCUUCCGAAAAUGCCACGAAAAGAGCUGAAGCCCGU